AUGGAUUGCCUCCCAAAACAUAUAGAUAGGGAGGGGUCAAUCAACCGCUCUGAACCAUUAGGUAAAGGAUCAUUAAGUGAAGGAGUUUAUAAAGCAAAAAAAUUAGACGGUAAAAUAAAAGAUAAACAAUUACCAAAUAAUGGGGAAUGUGGCAAAAGAGAACUCGAAGUAAUAGAUAUAUUAAUUGGUUUAGAAAAACAAUGUGAACAAAUUAUCAAAUUUUAUGGAUAUGGCUUUGGUGUAGAUCAAAAUAACAAUGAUAAUGGUUUACUUUAUAUAUAUAUGGAAUAUUUAGAAGGUUAUCAUUCAAUAGAUAAACAUCUAGGAGAUAAAGGGAUUCAUGAAAAUUUAAUACAUAUAAUUCUAAAUAAUUGUCUUAAAGGAAUAGAAUUUCUUCACGAUAAUAAUAUUAUUCACAGAGAUAUUAAAUGUCAAAACAUAUUGAUUAAAUCAGAUCUUAAAAUUAAAAUAAUUGAUUUUGGUAUUUCAAAAUUUACAGAUUAUAAAGCAUCAACAAUCGCAGGAACACCAACACACAUGUCACCUGAAACAAGAAGAGGUGAAACAUGUUUUAGUUCUGAUUUUUGGAGUCUAGGUUGUACAGUUAUUGAAAUGGGCUGUGGUGAUUUAACCUUAGAUGAAAACGAUAUACCAAAAAUCCCCAAAUAUUUUUCAAAUAAUCUUAAAUUUACAACCAAACUUUUAUUAACUAAAGACCCUUUUUCUAGAAAUUUCUUUUUAAACAAAGAUAGAAAUAUGACCCUUAAACUCAUAGAUGGUAUAUUAAAUUCAAGAGAAUCUCUGGCACUAACAACCAUUGAUCUUUCAAACCUCAAAGAAAAAACUCCCAUUCCAUCGACAAUAAAAUACUUAGAUUUAAUCAUUGAUGAACCAAUAUCACUUCACUUUAUCCCAUCAUCAGUAGAAUAUCUCACACUAUCAUCUUAUAACCAUCCAACUUUUCCAAGCGGAAUACCACCCACUGUAAAAUGUUUAUCCAUGUCAGUAUUCAAUCAUCCAAUACCUGUUGACUCAAUUCCUCGUACACUUAAAGCCCUCGUCCUUGACUCACAUAAUCAUCCAAUUAAAGAAAACUCAAUACCUGACUCAAUCAAGGUUCUUUCUCUGUACUCAAAUACACAUGAUUUCGAAGAAUCAUCUAUUCCAGAGUCAGUGGAGGCUCUUAUUUUAGGUGAUAAUUUUAAUCUUUUAGAACAUGGGGACUCAAUUCCUUCAUCAAUAAAAAUUUUUUCAAGCAACUAUAAUUUUAAAUCACCAUUAAAAAGAAAUAAUAAUAUUCCAAAAAAUGUUCAAUAUCUAUCACUAAAAAAUUACAACCAAUCCAUAAUUAAAGAAAGUAUUCCAUUUGGUGUUUCUUUUCUAGAGCUAGGAUCAAAAUUUACACAUUUCAAAUCAUUAAAAAAUUUACCAAAAUCCCUUAUAUCUCUUACUAUUGGUGUGGAAAAUACCAAAGAUAUAGAUAAAAUAUUACAAAAUGCUCCAGAAAUAAAUAUAAAUUUUAAAUAA